CCAUCAUACAACACCAGCAAUUCACAACCACAUUCUCUACCAAAUCAACUUUCUAUUCUCUUUCUUCAAUUCAGUCGCUCUUUAAAGCCACUAUCUUCUCUCGCUUCAUUACCAGCAUAUUGUAAUACCCCAACCAAAAAUCCAAAAAUGAAGUCUUUCGUUGCAGCCUCUCUCCUUGCCCUUCUCGGCGCCUCUGCCGCUGCUCCAUCAACCCUCAGAUUCGCAAAGCGCGAGAACCCCGACAACAGCUGUGGCCCUGAUCCUGGGUCGGCCGCGAUCGCCAAUGCCAUCAACCAAUGGAACAGCGACGUCAUCACGGUCAACAGUUUCCUGGAAGAGGCCGCGUCUCUGGACUCAACCACGCUGUUGAUCGACCUGGAGACUGCCUUGACCGCAGCCCAGGACGAGCCCAACCAACUCAACAUCCUCGCUUGCGAGUCAGACGUUGCAGGAACGCCGGCCCAAGACGCGGCGAACGACCUCUUCGCCGGCUUUGAGAACAACGUCCUUGUGCCCCUGGGAAACAUCAUCGCCAGUCCAGCCGACGCAAACAACGUGGCAACCCAGCUCCAGACCAUCAACCAGUUCCGAUGCUGCCAUGUUCUUCCGGACCUGGAUGUCCUGUGGUCCGGCACGGCCGAGGACGAGGGCGUCGCGAACAUUGCGCCCAUCUCUGCCCCGAGACCGACUACCUGUGCUUCUAUCACCUGCUAGGCGCAAAGAGAACAAGGCCGGCGAGGUAGCAUGUGAAAUACGGUCAAAUUGAUGAUGACGAUCAAGCGCUUUGAUUUGUUGGAGUUUUUGGAACUGGUACCGGUGGGACACGUCUAUAGACACGAGGAGGCCAAGGAAAGGUUCGGGCACGGAACACGGUGCAUAGCAUAAGGACAUUUCUAGAGCCGAUUAGUUAAAAUAUAGCUAUAAGAAAAGAUAUAUCCUCAAAGGUUCAAUGCUCGCGAAAGCCCCGGUCAUCAAUAUUGGAACACCACAUACAUAAAUUUCACUUCGC